AUGGAAUUGUAUGAUCAAAAGCUCUACUUCAUCACCCAUCAUCUCAUUCAAAACGAAGACGUUCAACUCCUCCUUUACAACCCUCAAUAUGGGAUGUACUUAUUGUACAAGGAUGAUGACAACGACGAUGGCCGUUCAUCAUCUACGCUUAGAGAGUAUACCAAUCUUGACAAUCCGUACGACUUUUACAACCGAGGGUUGGCAUCCCAGUUUGUCGGAACUUGUAAGGGUCUCGUGUGCCUUGCUGUGGAAGACAUUGACUCUACCGCAUUAGUUUGGAACCCUAGCAUCAGAAAGUUUGUGGUUUUGCCUAAGUCUGGUGUUACCUUUUGUGAUGAAUAUGAUUAUCUAGAAGCAAGCUGUGGCUUUGGCUACGACAGGAGUGCCAAUGACUAUAAGGUCUUACGAAGAGCGUCUUCUUUUCGAGGAAACAAAUUUAUCUCAUGUCAAUAUGAGAUCUGGUCGUUAGCCAAGGGCUCUUGGAAGACUCUCAAUACUGCUGCUGAUCCUGAGGAAAGUGACAUUAUGCUCCGGCCCCGGCACUUUUUUGUUAGUAAUCCGCCUGCUUUUGUCAAUGGGGCUCUGCAUUGGACUCAAGCCAGAGCGCACACCGGGAACAUUUCACUUCUGUCAUUUGAUAUGUCCAAUGAAGUAUUCGGCAGGAUAGCAAUACCACCAGAAGCUUCAGCACAAACAAUUGACCAUCUUGCUCAAGGACAUUUCAUGGUUUCAAGGUACAGAGAGUCCCUUGCAUAUUAUGAAACCUCUCGGGAGCAGAAAGGAAGUGUUGGUUGGGGUUGCCUUCUUCACAUUCACAUGUGGGUGAUGGAAGAGUAUGGUGUGCCCAAAUCAUGGGCUAAACUAUUUGCAAUAUACCUGGAUCUGGAUCUAGGAGUUUCUAGACUGAUUGGUUGUAGAAAAAGUGGUGAAGUUGUUCUCAGAGUGAUGAAUGACAACGGUGAAUAUCGGUCUGUGAACCCUAAGACCAAGCAAGUUAAGAGACUUCGAAUUGAAGGACACUGGAUUUAUGAGGUCAUGGAUGCUUUAACAGAGCGCGUUGUCUUGUUAUGA